GCGGAAGAAAACUUGCCUAAAGCAAGAACAUAAACUUCCAGUCUGCAUCGUGGCUCACUGCUCAAGCUUUGUAAAUCUUAAGUGGUCGAACCUAAAAGAUGAAUUUGAAAGAAAUUUAUAAACCAGAAAUUUUGCCCCAAGAGCAAAUAUAUUCGCAGUUUCUAACGGCGCAAGAAAACAACGAAUAUUACCCCUUUUUACUGCGGAUUUUCCAAUUGGAUGUGACAUGUUGCACUCUUUGUAUGACGUCAUACCGUGUUACUUUCGAUACUGCGAAGAAACGCUUUAGAAAGGAUUCCAAUACUUGACUGACACAUACAAGCUGCAUUUCGCUUGCGCCGUUAAACAAGGCAUCCUGAUCUUCUUUGAAGCAUGCCAUCGAACAGUCAGCGCCUGAUUUUCAUUUACCUCUCAGUCUGUGUUCUACUGUCCGUUGGAUAUGAAGUCAAAUAUCUAAGAUAUUGCGGACCGCCAGACAAAACCCUCAAGUGCAAAAUGACACCAUGGCCCGAGCUGAAGCCCGGUAAACCAGUGAAUAUCACGGUCUCUUUCACACCUGUUGUAGACAUCUUUUCAUCGACACUGCAGUUCGAACUGAUCUCAAAAAACGACGGACACGUCAUAUCCAGAGGAGCACCGAACAUUCAAUGCAAUAAAUGGCCUCAAAUUUGUAAUUUAGCAGCAGGAGAAACCUAUACCUUGACAUAUAGCAACGACCGUAUUAGAGCUAGUCCUCCUGGCUUAAAGGGAACCGUCUAUUUCAGAGGUGAACUCUACAAUCAAGAUCAAGUUAUGUGGACCUGUCUGGAGGGAGAAGUAGUUUUGUAAACAAACAACCUUAUUUACAAUUCAUUGUAAAUACAAUGAAUUAAAAAGCACUAUUCUUGUUUCAAAAACUCGUUAAGCAUCUUUGUUUUAAGAUUUUUCUUAAAGUUUACUGAACAAUUAAGAAGCGUAGUAAUGAAUUCUCUCAAUUAAGAAGCGUAGUAUUGUUUCGUUGCAGCAUUUUCAUGUUUUCAAAAUUAUACGUUACCCGUAGUAGAGAUCCACAGUUUUCUGAAGUUUUCGUCUCAGCUGCCUUAGAAAAAACGGUAGGGCUGACAAAUCGCGAGGCGGAGGAGAGGGGGACAUGUUACUGUUGCAGUGGCUAUGUAACACAUGUUUUUGCUUAUAUGCUUGCUUAUUCUAUACGUAGAAGGUCCAGAUUUUUAACAAUUCAGAAUAAAAUGUGUUUAGACCUGUUACGUUACAGGCAAUCAUAA